UGAGACCAUGUAGUCACAUACAAUCCGACUAAAGUCGUAUGGUUUAACAACCGCAUGUAUUUUUUUGUGAAAGGAUUCUUCCAUCCAGCUCAAACUCCAUCAUCAUCAUUCCGCACACACAGACAACCACGUCGCAUAUAUUUGCAUAUAUACUUUCUAACUAAUAAAAUACGUAUGAGAUUCAAUUCAGUUGUUCUCAUUUUACAGUAAUUAUAUUACUGUAAAGUACGUCGGGAUUUGGUAAAGUUAAGUAGCAGAGAUCGUCUCGUUUUGUAAAUAGCGUAGUUAGUAUUGAAUUACUGGACAAGAAGAAGAAGAGACUUUUUUAAAGGAAGUUGUGCUGGACACGAUAACUAACCGAUAAGGAGAAGAAGAAGGGGCUUAUCAGCAUAGUGUAAAAUAAACCACAACUGGAGAGUUUUGACUGGUCUGGUGAGGACGUGGACGUGCAUUUAUACAGAAAACAAGUCGGUCAUAUUUAAACAAGAGGAAGAAGAAGACAUGGUGAUCACAAUGCAAGAUCGAGAGGCGGCCGAGGUGCUGCUGCAGAUGGGUGAAAUGAGCAGAGGGCUUGGUGGGAGUGGUCAUCAUCUUCAGCGUAAAUCCGUCAUUACAAAUACAAGGUCAGCUUUAACACAAAAGGAAGACCCCACACCACAAGUUUGGAAGGCUAAUACGGGUACGGGUACAAAAAACGUUUCGUCGCCACCAUCCCCAUCGCGAUCGCAGGUUCUUCAUCAACACACGAUUCCAGCCGGAAGUGGAGGUGGAGGAAUCGUUUUUAUGCAGAAACAAUCCAGCAAGCAAGGCCCCCCAACGUUGCAUGUUAAGAAUCCGCUUCACAAACCAUUCCCUCCACAAUCGAUAAGCAGUCAACCAGCUGCAGAUCCACACGUUCCAAUUUCUUUCGUUCAACAACGUAAAGAAAUUAUGCACCCUUCUAAAGGAAAUUCUUCCCAUCAUGAUCCUUCAACUGAUAAGUCGACAUCGUCUGAACCAAAACUUGUACAGCCGUUAGGAACAUUAGCACAACUUGAGAGAAAAAUUCAUACAUUUCAACCGAUAAUCAAACCGUCAUCGUCGUCGUCUUCUAAGAAACAGACCGGGAGUGAUCCAGGUGGUCCAAAUAGUAGUGGGGGCAGCCAACAACAGCAUCAUCAACAUUUUACACAAUAUCUUCCUCACCUUCUCCAACCUUAUUCGGGUCGGCCACCGCAACCGCACAUGAUGGACAGCGGAGUUAUCCGACUUAUCAAUCCAGGAACACAACAUUCUUCAACUGGUCUAGUCCUUCCCGUCGCAGGAGUUGGGGGAGCAUUUAUUCAUGUCCCUCUGCCUUCUCCCUCUUCACUUUCCCCCCAACAACCCGUUCCAAUUUUGCCUUCCAAAUCAGCCUUAAACUUAAAUCUUGGUCCACUUAUUAAUAAGAAUAAUUCUCCUUCUUCCAUUGUAUCGUCAUCCCUCCAGAAUCAGACUACGGGUGGCACUAUUAUUGACAUUACGGCGUCUUCUCCAAAUCUUUUACGAAAUAAUCUUCAGAUUUUUAAUAGUAAUAAUUCGCUGUCGCCAUCGUCAAUUUUAAAUUCCGAUCCAACUUCGCCUGAACAAAUCUUGAAAAAGAAGUUAGACAUCAAGGCAGAAAAAAGAUCGUUAAGGGCUCGCGUCCCGUUGCAUAAGGAUGCGUCAAAAGACAUUGAAGUGGAUGGGUUUAUAAUUCCAAGGGAAUUUUGGGCCAAAGCAUUCGUCCAAGCUGAUAUCUGUCACGCGGCAGGGAUCCUAUUUAAAGCCCUCUUUUCUCAAGAGGAGAUUCAAAAAUGUACCCUUCGUGGAAGAAAUGGAACAUCUCUACUAAACUUGCAGAAAAGAUCUGCAAUUUUUCACGCCGUCGGUUGGAUGAAGCAAAAGAAUCAGAAUCCCUACUCUUUCGACCCCGCAGCCACCCUUUACCACACCCACCAGCUCAGCCACGAGGAGAAAAUGAUAAUCGAAAAGAAAGUCUUUGUCGAACGGAGGUACCAAACUUCUCGGAAAAUUAGGGACUACCAACGCCCAAAACAGCGACGACAAAAACUUCUUUUGCAACUACAACAAGAAGAAUUACUUCGCAAUCCAAUCAACACUACGUUAUAUGAAUCAGAUCCCGUUUAUGAGCAUGAGCCAAUCACAAAAGUUGAAGAAAUUGAGGUCAAACCGGAACCUGUCGAUGUCGACUAUUACGACUACAGCAACAACACUAAUAUGACAUAUCAUAGCGGUCAACAAUCUGCGCCUACGUCACCUCCGUACAUAAAAAAGGAACCAAUGGACAUCGAUCCGGAGCAGGCAAAUUUAUCAAAUACUAGUUUUGCCGGUGGGGGUGGGGACACACCAUCCUCUCCAAAACAAGCAAAACUAGACAUCAACAAAAAGUAAGGACAUGUGCGUCUUACUUUGAUGGAAAAACAAGACCGAUAAGAACCUGGUUCCUGCCUGGUUUGAUUUUGGGUCAGAUUUUCGUACCUGUGUGCGCAUCGACUGUGCCCUUGUUUUCUGCAGAGCGCCUAUUCAUAUGGCCUUGUUAUUCCAAAUCCAAUCCGUCAAAUAUUUAUAUAUAAAUUAUAUUUAUAAAAAAAAACAAAUCCUGUGGACAGAUGUGUCUUUAAAUCCGAAAAAUUCUAACCUAAAUUUAAAUUUUAAAUUAAAUCAUCACUGUGCAUCAUCAUCAUCAGUCAUCGUCACAUUGACGAUAUGAUAAACGAUGUUAUUUAUUUGUUAUACUUCUAAUUAGCAUGACACAGAUGGGGUAUUACCAUCCUCAAUAAAAAACUUCAUACGUUGUUGACUAUUGCAAAAAAUAAAAAACAUGAGAUCAUCCAUCUCCA